AUGACCGAUUCCAAGCUGGCUCCUGAGCAGUCCACAUGGCUCAAGAACGGCGUGGCCGCCAGCAACGGAUCUGCAGGCACCCCCACGGCCCAGAAGCAGGCCAAGGCGCAGGCACCCCCACGGGGCUUUGGCACCCUGGCCGUCCACGCCGGCAGCCCCCACGAUCCGACCACGGGCGCCGUCAUUGAGGCCAUCAGCCUGUCCACGACGUUUGCGCAGUCGGCCGUGGGCAAGCCCGUCGGCGAGUACGAGUACAGCCGCAGCAGCAACCCGAACCGCACCAACUUUGAGAACGCCGUGGCCGCGCUCGAAAAGGCCCGCCACGCGCUGGCCUUUGGCUCCGGCAGCGCCGCCACGGCCACCAUCCUGCAGGCGCUGGCCUCGUCGACCUCGGUUGGCCCGCCGCUCGACAGCGCCGCCGGCGAUCGUGCGUCCAUCGCGACGGCGGCGACGGACGACAAGGCCCAUGGCUCCUCGCACGUCAUCUCCGUGUCCGAUGUCUACGGCGGCACGCACCGCUACUUUACCCAGGUCGCCAAGGCCCACGGCGUGCGCGUCACCUUUACGCCCGCCAUCGAGGUCGACAUUGCCGACCACAUCACGCCCGCCACCCGCCUCGUGUGGAUCGAGACCCCCUCCAACCCGACGCUGCGCCUCGUCGACAUUGCCGCCGUCGCCCGCACGGCCCACGCCCACGGCGUGCUGGUCGUCGUCGACAACACCUUUAUGAGCCCCUACCUGCAGAACCCGCUCGAGCUCGGCGCCGACAUUGUCGUCCACAGCGUCACCAAGUACAUCAACGGCCACAGCGACGUCGUCAUGGGCGUCGCCGCCUGCAACCGCGACGACCUGCACAAGCGCCUCGCCUUCUUGCAAAACGCCGGCGGCGCCGUCCCCUCGGCCUUUGACAGCUGGCUCGCCCACCGCGGCCUCAAGACGCUGCACCUGCGCGCGCGCGCCGCCUCCGGCAACGCCCUGGCCGUGGCCACCGAGCUGGAGCGCCGCACCGACCUCGUGCGCGCCGUCAACUACCCGGGGCUGGACUCGCACCCGCAGCGCGACGUGGCGCGGCGCCAGCACCGCGAGGGCAUGGGCGGUGGCAUGCUGUCGUUCCGCGUCAAGGCGGGCCGCGCGGCCGCCGAGCGCUUCUGCCAGUACACGCGGCUGUUUACGCUGGCGGAGUCGCUGGGCGGCAUUGAGUCCCUGGUGGAGGUCCCGAGCAGCAUGACGCAUGCGGGCAUUCCCCGCGAGCAGCGCGAGGCCGUGGGCGUGUUCGACGACCUGGUGCGUGUGAGCUGCGGCAUUGAGGAGUCGCAGGAUCUGCUGGAGGAUGCGAUCCAGGCACUCGAGCGCGCCACGGCCGAGGUGCUGGCCGAGGCGGCGGCUGCUAAUGGCAACGGCGCGUCCCACUAA